AACGGCCGCUGCCAUCAUCUCUGUGCUUUGGUUCCUCCCCAUUCAGUGCCUGCUGGGCCUGCUGGGCCGGGGUUCUGUCGGCACUGCAAUGGUGUGAGGAGCUGUGGGCACAGCCUGUUGUGCUGGGCUGUCACGCUGCAUGCAGAGCACUUCUUCUCCGAACGGAACAGGAAACCAUUUGCAGCAACAUCAAACACCGAGCCCAGCAUUGCUCUGCAGCUCCCAGGACCCCGCAGUGGGCGCUUUGGGGUGUGCAGCCCCCAGGAGGGUCAGCCGGACCCCCAGCACCUCAUCCCCUGCUAUAGGGCCACCGCUGGAGGAAAGGCAGUAUGGGUGCGGUGGUUUUGUUUGUGCCUUCGGAAAGGGGAAGCGGUGAAGUGGUGCAGCCCGAGGCCCCCGCGAGCCGCCCAGCGGUGAGGAUCUUCCUUCCUCAAUGAGGGGCUGCUGCUCACCGGGCACCUGCAGGAUCCGGGCUGGAGAUUGCUGGAUGUUGCUGGAGAUGCCCACGGCCCUCAGGGGUCUGACUGCAAGCCGUGCUUACGGGAGCUCGCUGACCGCAGUCCCUCUGCUUUGGAGUAUCACAGCCCCAAGCGUUUCCUCCCGUCCCUGAUUGCUGAGGAUGACACCUUGUUCACCAGCAUGGCCGAAGAAAAGGAGGAUUCAUCUUCCACAGAGCUGGAUGUCCCAACAGCAGACACACACAGCAGCACGGAGGAUCUCCUCUCAGACUCCGCUCUGCACGGCACGGAGUAUUACAAAGACCUGGGGCUCCUGAGCCCACCAGCUGACAGAACAGUGCCAGAGAUGGCAGCACAGCCAGAAGCAGCCCCCCAGGCUGCAUCUGCCAUUUGCUUAUUGGAGGAGAGAUCCAGAGCUCUGGGAAAGGUGUCUGUGGAUGUGGCUUUUUCCAAUCCCAUCUCCUGCUCGGUGCGUUAUGGUGAGGCUGACUGCCACUCUCUGAACAAAGCCAGUUCAGAAACCACCACUGCUGGGUGCCCUGCAGAGGAAGAUGAAGCUUUGGAUCUCCAGGAGGCCUCAGAGUCCUUCCCCACACUGGUGAGAUCCAUGUCUACCUCUAGGAGGCACAGCUGGGAGAGCCCCUUGUCACCUGUGGACUGCAAGCGCAGGUUCAGCUUGGAUACCACAGAGAGAAGCAGUGAUCCAGAGCAGGAGGAGGCGGAUAAAGGGAGCAGGUCCUGCACGCAGCCUCGUGUGUCCCUGCAGCUGCCUGGGGGGAAGCAGGGAGCCUGGAGCAGCAGUUCAGGCAACAUGGUGAUCAAAGUGCAGAUAGAACCACUGCGACCCAGCGGCCCAGCCAGCCUGGGCUCAGAGGAGGCGGAACGUGCCAGUGAUGGGAAGAGGCUGAGGCCACUGUCCAUCCCAUCAGCCUGCAAGGCUGCCUCCCCCCAGGCACCCUGUGGUUUCAACGCUUCUCUUUCAGCCAUGGAAGGUGUUGAACCUCCUGCUCUGGAGAUGCUGGAGAAGGACCAUGUGUCCCCAGACCAAGUGCUGAUGGUACAGCAGGUACUUCAGGAGCUGAAACAGUAUCAUGGGGCGAAAAAGAGAGUCUGUGUGCCAGAAAGCAGUGAUUCUUCCCAGCAGAACCUCACCUGGUUUGAGUUCCUGUCUAACGAAAAUGAGGACAGUGGAAAGAGUGACAAAGCAGAGAAAGGCACAAAGGUGAUGAGACGCCUGAGUUCCCUGCGGAGCCGCGUCACCGGGUCCUGGCAGAAGGAUAAGGGUAAGAACAAAGAGCAAUCAAAAGAGAAAGAGAAGGAGAAAGAAACAAAGGAGCCAAAAGAGAGUUGGAAAGAGGUCAAUCGGCACCAGCUGGUACCAGGGGUUUUCUCCAGCGGCACCAGCUGCUCGCUGUGUGCCAAACCUCUCGUGAAUAAAAGUGGUCUGCAGUGCCUGAAUUGUGCAGUGAAUGUCCAUAAGAACUGCAGGAGUUUGCUGACUGAAUGCAGCAGCGUCAGAACCAAGCAGAAAGAUUUGCAGCACAGACCUUCUGGACCUGCACAAAGUUCGUCCCAGUGCAUUUCCCCAGCUGCAUCCUUGAAGGAGCAGCCCCGAAGCCUUCUCCUGGGACCGGAUGGCACCCCAGUACUGCCGCGGAACCUCGGCAUGACUAUCACCCAAAGAGGAAAUUCUCCAUCUUCUUUGAAUACUGCAGGAGCCGUUAGCAAAUUUGGACUAAUUUCAGGAGACAUGGAUGAAGGGGACUCAGGAUUUCUAAAGUUUAAGCAGACCUCAGAUGAUGUUGUCUCGCUUGCACCUUCAACAGCAGACUCCAAUGUUCUGGAAGAUAUGGAAGCUUCUGUGUAUUUCAACACAUUCAGACUGAAUGCAUAUUCUCUAUCCCGAAGUGAAAUAGAAACAGAUGCUCAUGAGUUUGAGGCAGAGUCUUGGAGUGUUGCAGUGGAACAGUCUUAUGCAAAGAGGCAAAAGAAAGAAGUUGUAAAAAGGCAGGAUGUCAUUUAUGAACUAAUGCAGACUGAAAUGCACCAUGUUAGAACGCUGAAAAUAAUGCUGAAGGUGUACUCCAAAGCCAUGAAAGAAGAACUGCAGUUCUCAAAUGCAGUUAUCAACAAGCUCUUCCCCUGUGUGGAUGAGCUGCUGGAGAUGCAUGGGCAAUUCCUGCUCCAGUUAAAGGAACGGCGAAAGGAGUCCUUGGAAGAAGGCAGUGACCGAAAUUAUAUAAUCCAGAACAUUGGAGACAUCUUGAUAAAACAGUUCUCAGGUGAAAAUGGAGAGAGAAUGAAAGAGAAAUACGGUGUGUUCUGUUCUGGACAUAAUGAAGCUGUUAGUCACUAUAAAGACCUGCUCCAAAGCCACAAGAAGUUCCAAAACUUAAUAAAGAAAAUUGGCAACUGCUCCAUCGUGAGGAGACUUGGUGUUCAGGAGUGCAUCCUUCUGGUUACGCAGCGCAUCACCAAAUACCCGGUCUUGGUGGAACGUAUUAUUCAGAAUACAGAAGCUGGAACUAAGGAUUAUGAAGAUCUGAUCCAGGCCCUUAGUUUAAUUAAGAGCACAAUCACUCAUGUGGAUGCCAUAGUAAAUGAGUGUGAGAAGGGGCAGCGCCUUAAAGAGAUUAUGCAUAAAAUGGAGCUAAAAUCAUCUGGGAAAUGCAAGAAUGGGCUUUUCUUCCGAAAGGAUGACAUGGGACAGAGGCGGCUUCUUCUGGAUGGGAUGCUGUACUGGAAAGCUGCAUCGGGACGGCUCAAAGAUAUUUUGGCCGUCCUGUUAAAUGAUGUACUGUUGCUCUUACAAGAAAAGGACCAAAAAUAUGUGUUUGCAUCAGUGGACUCAAAACCACCAGUUAUCUCACUGCAAAAGCUGAUUGUAAGAGAGGUAGCUAAUGAGGAAAAGGCAAUGUUCUUAAUUAGUGCUUCCUUACAAGGACCAGAGAUGUAUGAAAUUCACACAAGCUCAAAAGAAGAGAGGAAUUCCUGGAUGGCUCACAUCCGCAGGGCUGUAGAAAGCUGUCCUGAUGAAGAAGGAGGAUCAUUUUAUGAACCUGAAGCAGAAAGGAGACUGGCUGAGGCAAGAGCAGCUAAACUAAGAGAAUUUCAAGAGCGUUUGAACACAAAAGAUGACCUGAUUGUGCAAAGUCUAACUGAGAAACAACAGAUUUAUCAAGAAAUGUCUGAAAUGUAUGGAUUUGAAGACCAUUCCCAAGGAUCCCGAUCUAAGCUGCUUCUUCUGGGUGAUAUCCCAGAAAGCCUGCAAGGAGAGGCACUUCUGAAGUCUGCAGUGGUAGAAGCUGAAAAUCUCCAGAACCUUAUCUUCACUCACUUAGGAAGUGGAUCCUGUCAGUCUGAAGAGAGCAACACAGUGGGGCUCCCCAGGAGAGCGGAGACCUUUGGAGGAUAUGACAGUCCCUCCAUUUCAAAUAAAAAUAACAGUCUUGGGAAGAACAGUGGUAAUGACCAGAGACAGUGGGACUCGAGAGGCCCUGCAGUAAGUUCAGAUGUGCAGCUCCCAGACCUCCCAUUUGAUGCAGAAGAAGGAUCUCAAACUAGCGAUGCAGCGAGGCAGGAUGACAGCAGUGGUAUUCAGCCCACUGUAGAGUCUCAGCUUGUCCAAAGGAUACAAACACUGCUACAGUUGCUCUUCAGUCUGCAGGCAGUGAUAUCUCAACAAGACAGCUACAUUGAGGUGCAACGAGCCACAAUGGUAGACCGGGAGAAGCAGUACCGGCUGCAGUCCACACGUGGCAACCUGCUGCUAGAGCAAGAGAAACAGCGUAACUUUGAGAAACAGAGGGAAGAACUGAUGAAUGUCCAGAAACUUCAGAACCAGCUGAAGCUGGAGCAGCAGCGCUGGGAGCGGGAGAGGAGUCAGCAGCAGAGGGAACUGGAAAUCUCAGAAGCCCAUCUGCAGAGACGUGAGGAGGAGACGCGGCAGCUGAAAGAUAAGUUGAUUCAGGACAGAGAAGAACUGGAGAGGCAACGAGAGGCCUAUCAGCAUGACCUGGAGAGGCUGCGGGAAGCUCAGAGAGCAGUUGAGAAGGAGAGAGAACGUCUGGAUCAGCUGAGGAAGCUGAAAAAGCAGAACACGGUGUCAGGCACCUUCUCCCCAGAACUGGCACAAAACCCGAUGCAGAGUCAUUCUGUUAGUUUCAAUGGAGAAGGAGCAGAACCAUCCCUGCCAGUCUUGAAAGCCUCUGCACGAGUGAGUGUCUCUGGGAUGGAUUACUUGGAGCACUCAGAGCUGGUUCGCAGAGACAGCACCACCCUGGAGAGCCGUCCAGUUCUUGCUCUGAAGAAUGAAGUGCCAAUACAUCUCCUGAGCGCAACUAAUCAGAUCCAGAAACCUGCUGCUGUUCAGCAGCAGAUCCCUACUAAGCUUGCCACCUUUACAAAAGGAAGCAAAGAGAAAAGUGGGAAGAACAAAGCAUCUCAUAGGACAGACAGCUCAGCAUCUGUUGACCAGAAGCAGCUGAUUCCUCCCAGGCUUGUUGGGCGAGAGGAGGGUGUCCUCCGAGGCAGACGAUCAGCAAGUCCAGUCCUCACGAGCAGCCAGACCACUGCAUUCCAGCCAGAAAUACAUGGCUCUGCAGAUGGUCAGCCAGAAGCACUUUCUUCUGCCUCUCCAAACCCAUUCAAGCCCAAUAAUGCUCAUGUUCAGACCCUGGUGACCUCACAGCCGACUCUUUUAAACAUGCAAGAUGAUACCAGCAAAGAAGAUGUAAUUUUUUUCUAACUGUUUCCAUUUAAAGAUUACUCUUCUCACUUACUGUUUCAAGAACUCAGGCUCCGGUGUUCAAUGUGACAGAGACUUCACAUGAGUGUCUUUUUAUUCCUGCCUCGUUAAUACUAGCAGGGACCAGCCGAGGAUUGUAGUUCUACUUUGCUGGCUUCUUUGCCAGCAGCUCGAAAUGAGGGCACGAUGGUAAUGAUCUGCUUUUAAAUUCUCAGACCAUGGAAAUGUGUUGACACGUGGCAUGGGUAUGUAAAUUCAGAGCAUGUUAAAAUGCUGCCAUUACUGCAAUUUGCUCUCUUUGGUGUAUUUACACUCUUUGUGAGCACCAUCUUGUAAAUUGUUGUAGUUGAUGUUGAAUCUUUCAGAUCUGUAUGUAAAAAAAAAAAAAAACAAAAAAACAAAAGAUUUUAAUUGUAAGCCUCCAGGUGGCUGAGAUUUUUUUAAAAUCCAUAUUCACAGGUGCAAGGUUGCUCUCGUGGGUUAUGCUAACUCUCUGUUAAGUAAUUGACUAGCAAAGCAGUCUCCAUAGAGCCACACACGAUAAACAUUGCGAUACCAACUCACCUGAGCCAGGCUGGCAUCUGUUUCUUUAGCUGAUUCAGCAGAGUUGCACUCUCCGUGGUAGAAAAGGCAGGGUAAGUUUCUGAACAGUCUUCAAGGUUCAAGAGCUCCACCUGCUUGUGGAUGAGGAGAGCUGAAUGUGUGAGUGUAUACAGCGGUAUGAAGAGUUGGACUAAAUGCACAUCUGUUUGGCCACCAGCUUGUGCCAGGAUGCCUGGCUCCUUGAGGACACUGAGCAGCUGUCCAUGUUAGUGAGGGCAGUACAGAUUCCUCACCAGAACUCAUGGAUUGGUUUGGAAGGAGCUGCAGAGAUAAGUUCCUUGCUGGAAGGUGUGUAAGAAGUGUUUGAACACAGUAAUUAUUGUUUUGUGUCAUCCCAAGUCUUCUGCAUCUUCUGUUUGUCUGCUGAAUUCCUUGGGCUUUGCUCCAAGUACCAUAAGAUAUCAAAGCUGCUGUUACUGCAGGGAUUUCUCUGCAGCAGUGUAAGGAAUGAAGGGAAUAUGAACUGUUUGGGUUUAAAAAAAGAAAAUGUGCUAUUAGCUGAACCUCUGUUGGUUUGGCUGCUUACAGCUAAACCAGCUUUGAUACCUCUUGUUAAAUGGGUCAGUUCUUAAUCAUGGAAUGAUGAUGUUAACAGAGCCCUGCUCAAAAGGCAUUAUUUCUUUGUAGUCGUUUGCACAGUCAUUCAUUGUGUUGUCACUUUAUUCUGCAUCUCAGUUCCUUAUUUACUUGCAUUACCUGGGGACACUUAUUCCAAUGUGUUGGAUGUGACCAGUCAGAUGUAUUGCACACAGGAGAAAUUGUGUGGAGGGGAUUAGAAUUAGAGAAAUUGGUCUCUCAGAACCUAAAGAAACAGGUUAGUAUUUUCCGGAGCAUGAUGGACUCUUCUUGCUAAGUGAUGUUAGUAAAUACCUGAAGGCACUGAACUCAGAGUCACAGCCUCAGCCUCCCCUAUGAGGAAACUCAGAAUAACCUCCAUGUUACCAGGCAGCUGACACCCCCACAGCCCCAAUUAAUUGUUCCUAUUAAUGAGGGCACACUUCGGUACCAAAGCGGUGCUUGGUGAGAGGUGAGACUUGCAGAGCUUCACAGAUUAUAGAUAUGCAGAGAACUGUAUGGGGAACACGAGCAUCCUUUCAUGGUCGUAAUGCUGUGUUGAUGGUGGUUAGAACAUAUUUCUGUGUUGUUUUUGCAUUCCUGAAACCUGGGUUGAAAUAGUGGGGAUCUCUUAAGAUCUGGGUAACCUCCAAUUGAUUCAGCGGCUCCACAGGGGUGAUUCUUCAGCUGGAGGAUGCAGAGAACUGCCAUCGUCUCUGGUACCCGUGUAAUUUCUUCUGUAAACAUGCAGCAGAGCAGCAGGAAUGUGCAGUAUGUUCCCUCCAUGCUGUGGUUUGGGCCACUCCUAGAGAAAUCCCCAUUGCCCUCAAUUAGCAGUUUGAUAGGAGCCUUAACCUAAAGCUGAGUUGGAUUAGUGGACAAAAGCACCUCAGCUGAGGAGGGAGGUCUCUGUUCAGCAGCUUUAAAACAAUUUUUCGUAGCACAUAUUUGGUUUAAUUUGGUGCCUGUCCCAAUGUGUGGGGGAGAGAGCUCUGUGGAUCCAAGAGAUCUGUUUGGAAGCUUUUCUUUUCCAUGCAAUGAAUGAAGUCAGGUUUGGACAGUGCAAUCUGGAAGCCAUAAUCUGCAUUGAGAUCGCAUUUCUUUUUGUGUUAUGAUGAAUUAAAGCUAUCUGAAUGUUGUCUGCAGUGCUGCAGGUGAGUUACAGCUCGAACACCUGACCCUGACAGGCUGGGCUGUUGGUUCAGCACCCUGAAUGAUCUUUGGGAUAUCGAGUCUGUAACAAACCUGAAGGUGAUCUCUGUUCCCUGGCUGCAGGUGAGAGCCACAUUGACCACAAACAGAGAGAUCCUGUCGCCUCCAAGUCAUUCAUGUGCCAUAGGAGGGGUUUGUGUGAUUUCCUGCCCAGCACCCAGCAUGGAGGAGGUGUCAGAAUAUCUCAUUGCUGGUGCAGAGUGCACCUUCCUCGUGCUGUGUCACAGCCCUAACACUGUCCUGUCUGUCUGAGCACUGUGCUGGUGCAACACAGAGACUUGGAAUGGUUUUAUUCUCGAUUGUAACCCUGGUGCAGAGGAUGCUUCCUCCUUCCCUCCCAUUUGGGCAGCUGUCACUUUGUGUUUCAGACUGAGGACCCUUUUGUAUCCACCAGCACUGGGAACAUCUGCCCUGUGCCUAUUGGAAAUGCCUUCAUGUCUUUACCUGCACUGUAGGAAAGCUUUUCAGACCCAUUCCUGUCUGUAGGGGAAGGAGAUGUGUGGGGUUGUGUUGGCACUGCUGUGUGCUUCACUCAGAGCCAUGAGUUCCCCCAGUGCCGUUCAGUUUAGCUCUGGUUCCUGGGCCCACCUUGCACUGAAAGCACUGAAUAAACCAUCACCGUGUUGUGGUUUAAAUGGACCUUUUGGUUGGGAUGUAAACCUUGUAAAUAAUUCAUUCCAUGUUGAGACUGCGGUAGCAACGUCUUUGUAGCCUUAUCUCAUUGGUGAAGAUGAAAUGGUCACGUUCUGCUGGUUAAUUGUACACUUCAUCUUCGUGCACCAGAUAAUGAUUUUUACAAUGACUGCAAUGUUUCCCACUGAAGGAUUCCAAAGCUGCAAUAGGACUGAAACCAACUUCCAGCAAUAAGCAAAUAAAAGUUAAAACGAG